GAGUAGUCCAAUUUUGGUUCUUUUAAAAGGUCGCCUUGGCUUGUUGCAAUUCUUUGCUCUUAGCUUACGUUUUUGGAACAUGACGUCGCUUGACAAUCUCUCAUUGGGAGAACUUUUCACUACUGGUCAAGCUUAUUUGACAGAGCUUGAGGAAACAUCCUUAGCAAGCAUCGACCCUGAAUACCAAGCCAAAGUACGCGAUGCAUUGAGCAGACUAGAAAGAGCCAACGACCUUGUACGCCAACUCUCCAUUUUUAGCUCAAACGAACUACUCGACGACAUCAACACACAAGAUUUACGAUUUCUUUUGAUUCCAGUCUAUCUCGGCGAUCUGACGCUCAAAGUGACCGAUCCGAAUCGCAAUCGUCAGUCGAUCUUGGAAACUGCAAAGAAUUAUUUUGAUACCUUUUUAAGUUUAUGCGAGGAACACCAAUUAAUGCGAAGUGAGGAUUUACGCGCGUAUAAAAACAGACAAGAAGGAGACAACGCGACUAUCAGACUCAACGCAGCAUCACAGCGUCAGCAAAAAAUCGAACAGUAUAAGCGCGAAAAAGCGACUGAGAAUCAACUCAAGGAACUACGAGCACAGCUGAAUGAAACCGAUAACGCAGCAAAUGAUCGGGAUGAUAUGGAGCGAGAUUUGGUACAGGCAGCCAUCCAGUUAUACAUCAUCAAGGCACUACAACAUCUUCGGGCUAUUGACCAGGAACUAGUAAUGGUCAAGGAAAUGGAGACAAUGGCAGAAGAUCGUCGACGCAUGGUAUCCGGAUCACAGCAAGACGAGCCACAACCAAGGGACCGACGGAUACCUCCCCCCACAUGGGGCCGCGAUAAACCGCUAAUGAAUAAGCAAGGAAAACCAUUACAGCCAUUUGUGAUUACAAACAAGCGACAGCAAUUGAAAGAUCAAGUAUUCCGACCCGGACAUAGCUUACCGACAAUGACAAUCGACGAAUAUUUGCAACAAGAAGAGGAACGGGGCAACAUCAUUAAGGGAGGAGGCAAGUCUCCACCAGAGAAAGAAGAAAUUGACGAUAAUGAUCAUGAGGCGCUGGACGCAGAUACAAUGAAAAAGAGAGAAUGGGACGAGUUUACCGAGGCAAAUCCUCGUGGAUGGGGCAAUCGUGGAAACAAAGGAUAAUAGUGUUUUUGUAUAACUCGUACAAUAAUAAAUUAAGUGGGUGAAUAAAAGUGUAUGAAUCUACUUUAUAAUGUGAAGGGUCGGCGGGAUGAAGUUUGGGACUAUAGUACAUAUGAUAUCGAC